GACCUAGUCUGCAAGUGGAGAUGACUACCUUUGCAUGCAAAAAAUGAGCUACAACCUCUUCCUCCUGGCUUUCGUCCUGGGCAUUGGUGGAGCUUUCCAGUAUGGGUUGCAGGUUUCCAUUAUCAAUUCUCCUGCUGAGCACAUCAAAAGUUUCAUCCGUGAGACCUGGCUGAAGAGAUAUGGCUCUUCUCCCAGUGAAGACAUGAUUACUUUGAUGUGGUCCUUCAUUGUGUCCAUUUACAGCAUCGGUGGGCUUCUGGGGUCCUUGUCUGCUGGGUAUUUGUCUGUUAGAUUUGGAAGGAAGAAGGCCAUGCUGCUUGCCAAUAUCCCUGCUCUGCUGAGCGCAGCUCUGAUGGGACUCAGCCGGCUGUGUGGAUCCUUUGAGAUGAUCAUUGCUGGAAGAGUGUUCUCUGGAGUGUGUGGAGGUUUAGCUCUGAAUAUCAAUCUCAUGUAUGCUGGGGAAUGUGCCCCACGGAAGCUCCGCGGGCUCGUUGCCAUAACAGCUUCUACUGCCAUUGCUGUGGGAAAGUUCAUAGGAUUUGCUUUAGGUCUCAGAGAAGUUCUUGGAGUAGAUGCUCUCUGGCCUGUUCUCAUGGCAGCCAAUGCGCUCCCUGCCCUCGUUCAGCUUCUCACCCUCCCCUUCUUCCCAGACUCUCCCCGCUACCUACUCAUUGACAAAAAGGACAAGGAGGGGUGCAUCAAGGCUGUGAAACAGCUCUGGGGAGAUGGUGACCAUAUGGCUGAAAUAGAUGACAUGAUGGCAGAGCAGGAAGCCAUCUGUGGGGAGAAGUCCAAGAGUGUGUGUGAUCUCUUUCAUGACCAAGCUGUUCGUUGGCAGCUCAUCACUCUCUUCCUUGUCUCCUCAUGCACGCAGCUAAUUGGUGCCAAUGUGGUUUACUUUUAUGCAUACAACGUCUUUAUAAAGGCUGGAAUUCCCCCUGCUCAAACCCACUAUGUCUCCCUGGGAGUUGGGAUCACCGAGAUCCUCUCCACAGUUCUGUGUGGUUUCCUGAUUGAGCAUGCAGGGAGGAAGGCACUGCUGUGGAAAAGCUACACUGUUAUGGCCUUGGCUUUGGGGCUCCUCACAGUCACACUUUCACUACAGGAUUCCUUUUCCUGGGUACCAUACUGCUCUGUUGCACUCAUCUUUAUUUUCAUCAUGAGCUUUGGUGCUGGACCAGCUGCAGUAUUAUGCCCCUUGCCCACAGAAAUAUUUAUUCAGUCAUACAGACCAGCUGCUUAUGUUUUUAAUGGAAUUACAAACUGGAUCCAACUCUUCCUCCUUGGACUUUUGUUCCCCUUCAUUGUGGAAGCUCUUGGUAGUUUCUGUUUCAUAAUUUUCCUGACAUACUGCCUGUCCAUGGCUAUCUUUGUCUUCUUCGUGGUGCCAGAGACCAAAGGAAAGACCAUGCUGCAGGUCAUGGAGGAGUUCAACCGCCUCAACUAUCGUGGAAAGAAGGGACAGACAGCCCUACAGCAGAGUUACUGCUCAGUAAUGACUGAAAUGGCUGGUUUCCUCUCAGACCUGGUUCAAUACCGGAAGGUAUUGCUGAUGAUAAUGGUGCUGGGAAUUGGUGGAACCCACCUAUCUGGUUUUCAAAUGUCUGUGAUCAAUUAUACUUCUCCGUACAUUCAGAAGUUUAUCAAUGAAACUUGGCUGGAGAGAUACGGUUCUGUGCUGCAUCAGGAGACACUCACAUUGUUGUGGUCCUUCAUUGUGUCUAUGUACUGUGUGGGUGGAAUGAUAGGGUGUCUGUGUAGUGGGUACCUGGCUGCAAAAUAUGGAAAGAAGAAAAGUCUGCUGUUCAACGACGUGGUCCUAAUAAUAGCCACGCUGCAUACUGGCUUCAGCAGGAGAGCCAAGUCUUUUGAGAUGAUCCUGAUUGGGCGCUUCCUCGAAGGCAUCGGUGCUGGAAUCCAUAUGGGUGCCCAUGUUCAGUAUGCUGGAGAGAUCUCACCUAAGAAGUUGCGUGGGUUUGUAAAUGUGACCUGCUCUGUGUUUCUUGCACUAGGAAAAGCUGUAGCAAGGAUUCUUGGAUUAAGAGAUCUUUUAGGAACUGAAGACAUGUGGAAUGUGCUAUUGUCCUUCUCUGGGUUGGUGGCAUUGAUUCAACUGCUCUUUUUGCCAUUCUUUCCUGAGUCCCCUCCCUAUCUCUUGCUGCAAAAAGGAGACAAGGCUGGCUGCUUGAAAGCCAUGAAGCAACUCUGGGGAGAAGGGAAUUAUCAAUCUGAAUUUGAUGACCUGAUGAAGGAAAAGGCUGUAACAAAAGGCACCAAAAUCCUGAAUGUCCUAGAGGUGCUGAAAGAACCAUCCGUGUACCCGCAGCUGAGUACCAUGCUCCUCCUUUUACUGAGCCUGCAGCUCUGUGGCCUGAGUGCAAUCACCUUUUACACCUCAGAAAUUUUUCAGACAGCCAACCUGCAGGAAAGCAUAAUCCCAUAUGUAUCUCUAGGAGUUGCGGUCUCUGAGCUCACCUCUAUCAUCCUCUGUAGCUCCAUUAUUGAUCGUUUUGGACGUCGGAUACUCUUGUGGGGUGGUUAUUUGCUGAUGGCUCUGAUACUGGUGUUGCUGGAAACAAGCCUGCUAUUGAGCGAUCGUUUCCCCUGGAUGCGUUACUGCAGUGUUGUACUCAUCUUUUUAUUCAUCAUUGCCUAUGGGAUUGGACCUGCUGGAGCAGUCACAUCUGUCAUGAAUGAAAUCUUCACCCUCUCAACAAGGGCCUCUGCUUUUGUAAUUGGCGGAAUCGUCAUUUGGCUGGGCCUCACUUUCACUGGAAUGAUUUUCCCCUUUGCUGUCAUGCUUCUUGGGCCUUUUUGUUUCCUCAUCUUUAUUGCUGUUCUGGUUACUUCAGCAAUUCUCAUCUACCUGUUCCUCCCGGAAACAAAAGGGAAGUCAACCUCUGAAAUCACAGAAGAAUUCAAAACACACCAAUUUAAGAAGAAACGUCUCCAGAGUGUGGAGAAGAAUGCUAAUGAAGAAAAGACAUUCUGCACCAAGCUCUGAUAGGCCACCAUAAGCAACUUCCACUGACAAAAUGCCCUGUCUCAAAAUGGAACUGAAAGCUAAACUUCGACAUGGACUGUUCUCAAUAAAAGUAAUCCAGAAAGUAA